AUGGAGGACAUCCAGCUAAAUUUAAAUUUCAGACAUUCAACAGAUUCAGCAACGUUGAGGAACAGUAUCCACCAGUGGAAGCUGAGGUGCUUGGCUUUGACAUCAGAGUUGGCCUCAAGGCCUCAGAACCCGCCUCAAGGCCUCAGACCCCGCCUCAAGGCCUCAGACCCGGCCUCAAGGCCUCAGACCCCGAGUCUCCGCCAUGCUGACUCAUCCUCUGACGCCGCCCACGCUGGACGUCGCUCAUGCUGGACGUCGCUCACGCUGGACGUCCCUCACGCUGGACGUCCCUCACGCUGGACGUCCCUCACGCUGGACGGCAAUGAGCAGCAGCCACGAGAUUUCACCGUGGGCAGUGAGGGCAGGUUUGUCGCCCCAGCCUCACUUGCAGGAAUGAGGACGCACAAACCAGACGUGGUCCCGGCACAGACUGUUCAGUGUCCGUCCCCACAACAGGGAGUAGGUGACGGAGAGACCAAGGGUCCGGAACAAACUCAGCCUCCUCCGCCCGUUUCCCCACCGGGCUCUGCCCCAGCCGGGGAGAGGAGCGGGGCGAGGGCGGUUGGUGAGCAGAUGCCACCAGGAGCAUCACCGGGAUACCUGAUAGAGACUGGUUGGGGAACACCGGCUCCUGCAGAGAAAACGGGUUCAGCGAGCUCUGGUGCGGGCCCCUCUCCCUUCUCCACCCAGGGCAGGGGCAGCGCCUGUGGCAGACUCACUGAGUCAGGCAGGUGUCCCCACAGUGGACCGGACCGGGCAGCCCCAGGGGCUCAGCUUGCAUUUCCCAGGGUCCACAAUGGAUUCAGCUCUUUCUGGGGCAGCGGCGAGAAGCCAGGAAUCACGCAAAGGAAUGUCCCUCCCGGGAUGAAGAAUCAAGCUUGGGAGUUGCCCACAUCGCACGGGCUCUGGGUUGAGACACCCAGACCUUGA